CAGUUCUACCCGAACUUCAGACUCUCUCUCCCCUUUCUCUCUCUAGAGCUUCGUCUUCCAUUUAUAACUCUCUCGCUAAUUGCAGACCAUGGACUGAAACUGAUGAGUUUCUCCAAAACCGUAACAACGCAAAUGGAAGCUCUUCCAUAUCCGAUCGGCGUCGGCAAGUACAACUCGCUCCUGCUGAGUCGCAAACGGAGCGUCCCCGUCAACUCGCCCAGACCUGUUCUCUUCCACUCGGGACUGCGAUUUUCUUCUGUACGCUUCAGAACCUUCCCUACUAGAAGCUUCAAUUUCUCCAAUUUCCGUUGCGCCGCGAAGGCCGCCGAUCACGGUCACAAUCAUCACCAUCAUCAGCUCGAGGAUCAUGAUCAUGAUCAUCACGAUCUUCAGCACCAUCACCACCACCAUUGCGGCAAUUGCGGCAAUUGCGGCGAGGUUUCGGAGCUGAAGGAGUCUCAGAAAGCGUUUCUCAGAUUCGCCAAGGCCGUGAGAUGGACCGAAUUGGCGAAUUUCCUCCGCGAGAACUUGCUCUUGUGUUGCGUUUCGGCGGCGCUGUUUGUCGCCGCCGCCGCUUUCCCUCACUUGCUUCCCAAGCCAGCGGUGAAGCCUUUGCAAAACGCUUUCCUUCUCGUUGCUUUCCCUCUCGUUGGGGUCUCUGCAUCACUUGAUGCUCUUAUAGACAUUAGUGGUGGAAAAGUUAAUAUUCAUGUAUUAAUGGCUCUAGCUGCCUUUGCCUCGGUAUUUAUGGGGAAUGCCUUGGAAGGAGGGUUACUUCUUGCCAUGUUUAAUUUGGCUCAUAUUGCUGAAGAGUACUUCACUAGCCGUUCAAUGAUCGAUGUUAAAGAGUUAAAAGAAAAUCAUCCAGAAUUUGCCCUUGUGCUGGAUAUGAAUGACGAUAGACUUCCCAACACCUUUGAUUUGGCAUACAAAAGGGUCCCUGUACAUAACGUAGAAAUGGGAUCUUAUAUUUUGAUUGGAGCUGGUGAGUCUGUGCCUGUAGAUUGUGAAGUUUUCGAAGGUAGUGCAACAAUUACUACUGAACACUUGACUGGAGAAGUCAAACCAUUAGAGAUAAAAGUCGGAGACAGGAUUCCAGGAGGUGCAAGAAAUUUGGAUGGUAGGAUGAUUGUGAAGGCUACAAAGACAUGGAAAGAGUCAACACUUAGCAGGAUUGUGCAAUUGACUGAAGAAGCACGCUCAAAUAAACCAAAGCUUCAAAGAUGGCUUGACCAAUUUGGCGAGAAUUACAGCAAGGUGGUUGUAGUCUUGUCUGUUGCUAUUGCUCUCAUCGGUCCAUUUGUGUUCAAGUGGCCAUUCUUUGGUACAUCAGCUUGCAGAGGUUCGGUGUAUAGGGCUUUGGGGCUCAUGGUGGCAGCCUCGCCAUGUGCUUUGGCUGUAGCUCCAUUGGCAUAUGCUACUGCAAUUAGUUCCUGUGCCAGGAAGGGCAUAUUGCUGAAAGGCGGGCACGUACUAGAUGCUCUAGCUUCUUGCCACACUAUCGCAUUUGAUAAAACUGGGACAUUAACAACGGGGAAAUUAGUGUUUAAAGCAAUUGAGCCAAUUUAUGGGCAUCAGGUCAGACACAAUAACUCAAAUUUUACUGCAUGCUGUGCCCCGAACUGUGAGAAAGAAGCGCUUGCUGUUGCAGCAGCUAUGGAAAAGGGUACGACUCAUCCUAUUGGAAGGGCUGUGGUAGACCAUAGCGUGGGAAAAGACCUUCCUUCAGUCUCUGUUGAGAGUUUUGAGUACUUUCCUGGCAGAGGUCUUGUUGCUACUCUCAAUAGCUUCCAGUCACAGUCAGAAACCGGAGAUGGUAAACUAUUGAGAGCAUCACUUGGGUCUGUAGAUUUUAUCACCUCACGUUGUAAAUCCAAAUAUGAUUCAGAAAAGAUCAAGGACGCUGUCAAUGCAUCUUCUUAUGGAAGUGAAUUUGUUCGUGCUGCACUUUCAGUCAAUGAAAAGGUAACUCUAAUUCACCUUGAGGAUAGACCACGACCUGGAGUUGUGGAUGUCAUAAGAGAAUUACAAGAUCAAGGAAAGCUCCAUGUAAUGAUGUUAACUGGUGACCACAAGUCAAGUGCGUUGAGAGUGGCAAAUGCUGUGGGGAUUAAUGAAGUUCAUUGCAGCCUGAAGCCUGAGGAUAAGCUCAGUCAUGUGAAGGAAAUUUCUAGAGACAUGGGGGGUGGUCUAAUCAUGGUUGGUGAAGGAAUUAAUGAUGCCCCGGCACUUGCUGCGGCAACUAUUGGAAUUGUCCUUGCCCAACGUGCUAGUGCAACUGCUGUAGCAGUAGCUGAUGUGCUACUGCUGCGGGACAAUAUUUCUGGUGUUCCAUUCUGUAUUGCCAAGUCUCGUCAAACAACUUCAUUGAUUAAACAAAAUGUGGCCCUUGCGUUAACCAGUAUAGUUUUGGCCUCCCUUCCAUCCGUUAUGGGGUUUCUCCCACUGUGGUUAACGGUUCUUUUACACGAAGGUGGCACACUUCUUGUUUGCCUCAACUCAAUUCGUGCUCUAAAUAAUCCCACAUGGUCUUGGAGGCAGGAUUUUUGGCACUUAAUCAAUGAACUCAAAUGUAGACUCGUGUUUUUUAGGGAACAUAACACCAGCGCAGGCAAUAUCCAGGCUGCUCCUUUGUGAUUGCAACUUGCGCUACUUUGUUUUGAUCUUUUCUCCCUUGUACAAUUCGUUUCAAUCAUAUGUAUUUAGAGAAAAAGCAAGAUCGGACUAAUUUAAAUGUAAAUAUUUGUGGCAGGAGAAAGGGCCAAA